GCUAAAGGCAACACUAUUAAUUGAUUAAACGCAUUCAAAAACAUUUAAUAUUUGUGUCGCGAGCUUUGCAGCGCGCAGUUAAUGCAAUUCGGAAGUGCGUACAUCGUUCUCCAAGGUACCGUCCGUGUCGUAACAAAUGUCCCGCACCCCUGUCCCUAGUCCCCGGUUCGUAAUCGGCUUGAAAAAGAACGAAAUGAGCAGAAACAGUGCGGUGCGGUGAAGGAAAACUACGAUUCAUCCUAAGCCCCCAAUUUCCCGAGUGCAGUUGUGUGUGAGAGCGAGCGCCCCGAGUCGCGCGUGUCGUCCGUGUGUGAGUGACGACAUUGACAUCGCCCUCGCCCCGGCCCUGCCCGACCCUCUUGGGGGAGGGUAUGAAAAAUGUGCCAUGCCGUUGUUGUUGUUGUUUCUAGGCCGAGUCCAGUCCCAGUCCGUGGGUGUGUAGAGCAGUAGGAGGAAUACCCCAGAAAAAGAAAUAGAAGAAAUAUAAAAACUAUGUUCAACCGCCAGGCAAGCGGAGCCAGUGGCCAGGUCUCGGGUUCCGGUGCUGGCUCAGGACCCCAGGCAUCUGUACCGCCGCCGCCCACCGCAUCCGCUUCAGCAUCUGCAGCUGCAUCUCUGGCAGCAGCAUCUUCGCCCAGCCAAUCACCCGAUCUCUACCUGCGUCCCCUGCCCUUUCUGGACGCCAAAUGGCUGCGCGCCGAUCUCAUUGCCUCCCUGCGCAACGCCUCCGAGGGUGCGGUCCUAUGGAAUCACCUGAUUCAGGACUGUGAGUUGGUCUCCUCGCCCGCUGCCCCGCUCCUCAAUGCCCGCGGCCAGCUGUCCUAUCUGGGCGAUGAUGGCAAGCACUACUGCGGAGCCCAACAGCUGAAGUGCUCCUGCUGCCAGCCGGACUACUGUGGCCCGCUCUCCGCCUGCAAUUGCGAUGGCUGCCGGCCCCUGGACUCGGACACGGCCAUCAAGAAGCUUACAACGCAGGCGGCUGCCCAGCAGGCCGCUCAUCUUAGCCAGGUCACCGACAUGGUGCUCAGCGGCUGGCUCUGGAGUCAACCGCCCUCGCAUCAGGCUCGCCAGGAGUGCCAGCGUUCGCUGAUCUCGGAGCUGCAGGAGCUGGCAUUGCGGGCCGCCGGUAACUGUCUGUCCGCCCAGCAUCUUCGCCAGCAGCUCUUCGUUUACGAACGGUAUUUUGUGGCCUUGAAGAGGGAGCGAGAGCGUGAGCGUCUGGCCGCCGCCACCACCAUAAGCACAAAUGCCACCACCACCACCAACACCAACGCUACGAACGCCUUGGCAAACACCACCAAUGCCUCGAAUGCAGCCACAAUAGAGCUCCAGACGGCGGAGCCACCGGAACACGGAGCUUUGGGUCUGGCCCGCGUGGCCACCCGGGCUGCUCUCAACUUUAGCUUUGCUUUUUUGCGCCGCGCCUGGCGUUCCGGCGAGGACACCGAAAUGUGCAGCGAACUAUUGAGCGAGGCUCUGGCCUCAUUGCAGGAGCUGCCGGAGGCCACGCUCUUCGAGGCGGCCGCUGUCUCCCCGCUCUGGCUGGAGGUCAUGGAGCGCUCCAUCAAGUUCCUGCGCCUGGUGGCUCUCGGCGAUCCCAUGGGAGGACGCUGCACUGCACCGAUCAACGAUCGCCAUACGGCUCUCUGCCUGCUCCUGGAACUGGGAGUGCAGAAGGGCACGCUGGCCGCCACGCUAGAGUGCGUGGUGCUGCUGCUGCUCCUCUGGGAGAAGGAUCGGGCGGGCAAUGACAAUCGGGAUAUGCCAAGAAAGACGGGAGCUCCUCUGCUCCGUAUCCUUUUGCGUUACCAGAAAAUAGGAGCAGCGGCCAAGGGUGGCGGAUUGGCUGGCGGUGAGCCAGCGCCCGUGGCCAGCGCCACGGAAACCUUCUUACGCUUCCUUUCCCUGCCCAAGAGCACCGCGGCAAUUGUGGAUCUGCGUCGUGCUGCCGUGGUUAUCAUCUCGCAUCUGGAUCGCCUCGUGCAGCCUCUGAUGCCGCGUUGCCUGCUGCGGGGUCAGGCGCAACCCGCUGCUGCCUCUAAGUCCUCGCCUCAGCAAAGGAUCUAUGCAUUGGGUUGGCCGUCGCUCUCCAAGGAUCAGCAGGGUUUCAGCUCGGAGCCAUCGCUUAGCUGGCGGGGAGAAACCACAGCAGUGCCCAUGCUCAGCUGUCGGUUUCAGAUCAAGCAAGUGGCCUGCUGCGAGACCCAGUUGUUGAUACUGAGCCAGGAGGGUAAGCUGCACACCUGGCGCCUGACCAAGCCGGAGUCCGAUCCGCUGCUCAUGGAGGAGGUGGCCCACGAGACGUUCAUUAGCAUUGCCGGGCACUGCGAGGGACGUCAUUUUCUGGCCAUUGACAGCAAUCACAAUGCCUAUUCCUGGGGCACUGGCGAAGAUCACCGCCUGGGCCAUGGCGACACCCAUGCCCGCGCUGUGCCCACCAAGAUUGCUGCCUUGGAGCAGCACUGCGUCCAGUCUGUGUUUUGUGGCUGCUCCUAUAGUGCAGCCAUCACCUGUGGGGGCAACCUGCUCACCUGGGGACGCGGCACCUAUGCCCGCCUGGGUCAUGGCAACAGCGAUGACAGGUGUCUGCCCACCCUGGUGGUGGCUCUGGCCGAUCACAUGGUGGUGGAUGUGGCUCUGGGCAGUGGCGAUGCCCAUUCUUUGGCCCUAACCUCUGAGGGUCUGGUGUUUGCCUGGGGCGAUGGCGACUAUGGCAAGCUGGGCAAUGGCAAUUGCAAUGGCAGCCUGCAGCCCAUUCUGGUGGAGGCUCUGCCUCGAGUGCAGCGCGUGUUUGCGGGUUCCCAGUUCUCGGUGGCCUUAAGCAGCGAGGGUCAGCUCUUUACCUGGGGCAAGGCCACCUGCCUGGGCCAUCAGCUGGUGGAGCGCAGUGUCCAGGGCUGCAGUGUGCCGCGUCUAGUGAGCAGUCUCCAGCACAAACGCAUUGUGGACGUUUCUGUGGGCGUGGCCCACUGCCUGGCUCUGGCCAGCACUGGUGAAGUCUUCGGCUGGGGUCGGAAUGACAGCCAACAGAUCUGUCCCGCCUCUGUGUCCAGCGAACCCUUGCUGAGAACCCCCAUAAUGGUGGCCCUGCCCACGUUGCCGGCCAGCGGCAUUGCCUGCACUGGUGGCCAGAGUCUGGUCUGGACACAGAGCUCCCACCAGGGUGUGCCCAUGCGUGCUCCCUUUGUGAUUGAUUUGGGUGAGCCCACUUUCCGGCUCCUGGACCAGCUCCUGAGUAUGUGCAGCAGCCAGGACAACCGGCAGACGCCGAACCAGGAGAGCGAGUGCAUAGCCGUGGCCUGCCUCAAUUUGGUGCGUCUGCAGCUGCUAGCCUUGAUAGCCAACGGUGUGGAGCCGCGCCAGGUGGGUCUGGCCAGUGGCAGUCGCCUGCUGAGCAGCCUGAAGACAAGGAUUCUGGGACUAGCCGGUGGCAGCCAAGUUCUGCGCACCAUCCAAGUGGCCGCCCAGCAGGCUUUGCAGGAUGGUUGGAGUGUCCUUUUGCCCACGGCUGCCGAGCGUGCCCAGACCCUCACCUCCCUGCUGCCCUCGGAACCGGGCCAGGCCUCCUCCGCUGGCCAUCGCUUCAUGACCGAUCUCCUGGUUAGCUCUCUGAUGGCCGAGGGCGGCUUGGAGUCUGCCCUGCAGCAUGCCAUACGCCUGGAGAGCAGCUCUUGCUCGGCGGACUGCGGCGAUGGUGUUCAUUUGCCUCUCCUCCAGCUAAUAACCCGGCUGCUGGGCAACAAUGCAGCCCUCACGCAGACCAGGCUGUCGCCAACCCUGGGCAAACAUGAGCUGAUCAAGGAGGAGGAGCAGCAACAGCAUCAUCAGCAGCUUCAGGAGCCCAGCACCAGCCCCAGUUUGAGUCUGCUGCAUCGCUUCCAGCGGCUCUUGCUGGCCCACAUCCACCAGGCGGAGCCCGAGGAGGAGACCACCGGGGCCGAGGCCUUGCUGCUGCAAUACCUGCAUGCCCUGAUUCCCGCCUGCGUGACCACCCUGCAGCAGGCUUACGAGCUGGCCUUGCAGUGCCGGGAGCCCGGCGAUCAUCCCCCCUUGUCCCAUCAGGUGGGUCAUUUGGGUCGCAUUCUCCAGGCGGACAUCUCGGAUGCCUUGCUGCAUGAGCUCUUGGUGGGCCUGGUGCUCCUCAAGCGAGAUCGUCCCCAGUGUCUGGGGAAUCUACGCUGGGCACGGAUUUUCCUGCCCCUCCUGCGGGUCCUGGAUCGUCUAAAUCGGGCUCUGGGCGAGGGUGAGCUGAGGGAUGGCGAUGACAUGGGCUGGCCCGGCAUUAUCUGUCGAGGAGGAUCCAAGGGCGGUGGCCCGCCGCCUGCUGACCCAGAGACCCACUAUGUGAGGAGGGCGGACUUGGAGAACCAGUUGCUGGACGGCACUCGCUGCAUUAUCCUGGCGGGCUACGUCUGUGACCUAAGUGGAUACAGUUGCGAGUCUGAGGCCUUGAGGAGUCUUCUCGAGGCGGGCUUGGGCAAGGAUCUCACCGGGGAGCUGAGUCAGGGCCACAGGAGUGCCCUGGAGCAUAUACUGCAGCACCACAAGCUGGGCAAGUACAUGGCCCAGGCCGGCAGCGAAGAGAAGUCUUCGACGCCAGGACCCAGUCGGCUUACCCAUUUUAGCUCGGAGUGCACUUUGGCCCAGCUCCUGGGCCUGGUGGCCAACCUGAUGUGCAGUGGACCAUCCCUGCAGCCGGCGGAGCUGCAGUGCCGCCAGCUGGACAAGUCCAGCCUCUUGAGCGGCGGCCUGCAGCUGCUCCAGCCCAACAAUCCCUUUGACGAGGAGAAGGGCGAGGCAAGGAGCAGUCACAGUUGCCAUAGCACGGCGGGCAACACGCCCACGGAGCAGCCACCUCUGCCCCUGCAACUGCAGCAGCAGCAUCCACAUCAGCAGCAUCCACAUCAGCUGGUCCAGGGAAGGGGCAAGUCCCAGCUGCAGCAAAGGGCAGAAGUCUUCAUCAGCGGCCUGGCCGAAGCCCGACUCUCAGAGCCACCAGUGGCCUCUUGGCUGAGCCUCACCGAGCGCUACUGCAAGGCUCACAAUCUGAUGUGGCACCAGGAGUUUGCCACCGAACAUCCCGUCCAGGAGCUGGAGCGCCUGCUUAGCGCCGUGCUCAUCCGACAUCAGUAUCUGGGUGGCCUGGUGCUCAGCUCCCUGGAGGCGGAGGGGGAGUCACCGCCGCCCAGGCAGCUGAGCGAGAUCAUACGGCUGGUGCAUCAGGCCAAGUGGUCGGUGGUGCGCACGCGUCAGCAGCUCAACCGCAGCUACAAGGAGGUGUGUGCCCCAAUUCUGGAGAGGCUACGUUUCCUGCUCUACGAGGUGCGUCCUGCCAUAAGCCCCCAGCAGCGAGGAUUACGACGCCUGCCCAUUCUGCAAAGGCUACCCCGUUUCCGUCUCCUGGUGCGAAGGCUGCUCCAAGAGUUGCGUUGUGCCCGACAGCCAGCCAAGCCGGAGGAUCUCCUGAAUGCCACCAUCCAGCAGCAUCAGCACCAGGAGCAGGAGAAGAAGCCCCAGCAGGCCAUGCCCAAGCUGGAGCAGCAGGAGGAGCAAGCGGAGGAGGAGGAGACCCUGCUAAGGCGGCUCAACGAACGACAGAUCCAUGGCGAGGGUGAGCUGGAUCCUGGACUCAUGCAGGACAUUGUGGACUUUGCCCUGCAGGACAGCUGCGAUGUAGAGACAGCACGCCGGGCCAUGUACUGCCAGAUGCAGCGGUUUCAGCUGCGCCUGGCUGGGCUACAGCUUGUCCAGCAGCUGCUGGAGCUGCACGGCCUCCUGGAUGCGGCACAGUAUAGCCUCCUGAAUGGCUUCCUGGGACUCCACCUGAAGUCCAAUGCUGGUGCUGCUUCAUCGGGCAGCUCCCUCCAUGUCUUGGGCCAACUGAACAUGGUGAGUGCCUACCAGAAGGCCAGGUUACUCCUGGCCCAGGCCCGUGUCCUGGACUGGGCCGUGCGGGAGCUGCGCCGCCUGGUCAACCAAGAGCAGCCUGGACAUGCCCGCGGCAAGGACAGCUCCAACCUGGGCACCUAUGUCCUGCUGAAGCGUCUCCCACGUGCCCGCUUCCUGCUGAGCGUUUUCGGGCUGCUGGCCAAGGAACUGGGCCCUAAUGAGCUGGGCCUGCUCAUCAACUCUGGACUGCUGGGCACGGUGCUGGGUCUGCUGGCUCAGACAGGAGGCGAGGGUCUGGCCGGUGGCCACCUUCCCGGCGAACUGAGCGUGCUCUACGAGGACAGCGUCCUCAAGCAAAAGUCCAGCAAGGCCCAGCUAAGUGGUCCGGAUCUGGCCAAGCUGAUGAAGAUUGGCACCAGGAUUGUGCGAGGAGCGGACUGGAAAUGGGGUGACCAGGAUGGCAAUCCGCCUGGCGAAGGGCGCAUCAUCAGCGAAGUGGGGGAGGAUGGGUGGGUUCGUGUGGAGUGGUAUACGGGAGCCACCAACUCCUACCGCAUGGGCAAGGAGGGUCAGUAUGACCUUCAGCUGGCCGAUAGUGCCAUGAAUGUGGCCUCACCCACGGAACCCGAGCGAGAGGAGCAUCUGGCUGGCGGCGAGGCCUCGCCCAGUAGUGAUUCGCAUCCCUCCAAACUGCUGCGUCAUAGUGCCGCCAAGCUCCUGCAAAUCCUGGCCGUGGGCAGUGGCCUUCACGGCGCCCAGCUGGACAAGCUUGCCCUGCGCGGCAUGACCAGCAUGUUCCGAGCCAUCAUUGAUCCCAAGCCAGCCAUGUCCAAUGUGGCGCACUCCCUAGGCUGGCUGAAUCUGGGCUUCAUCCGAGCCAUAGCAGGCGACUGUCCACGUCUCUGCCUGGAGCUGAGCACCCCCGCCUGGCUGACUCACUAUUUGUCCCUGCUGGAGGAGCCGGCUGGCAAUGAGGCUGGUGUCUACCGGCAGCUCCACUGUCUCCGCCUGCUGCAGUUCAUCCUGGCCCAGUGGGGCUCGGAGGAGGAGCUUAGGAUGCCUGCGCUAGUGCGCCAGCUCUUUGCCACCUUGGGACGCAUUGCCCUCCAUUGCCCUGGAGAUGCCAGCCUGCAGCCCACCAGCGAGGGCAAGGCUCGUGUCCUACUCACCGCCUCCCAUUCGGGCAGCGUGGCCGAGGAGCUGGUGGCCCUGCUCCGGCGGCUGCACACUCUGCCCGCCUGGAAUCCAGUGAUCAACUCGUUUCUGGCGCAAAAACUCUGCGUGGCUGCCGAGCUCCUGGCAGAGCAAUCUCCCACGCACUCCUCCACGUCCACGUUGGACAGCGAGCAGGUCUUUGUGCUGGGCGUUUUGGGAGCCAUGGGUGGCCAUGAUCUGCGUCCGCGCGUGGGUCUGAACUGUUUCCACGAGGGCAGUCACAUGGUCAUAGCCAGCUUCACGCCCAAAGGAAGGUGUCUCCUGGCUCCCGGAGGCCUGGGUUCUGGCUUGGGCUUUGUGAAGGUGCCGCUCUCGGCCGUAAUGCCCCAUCUGGAUCACAGUGUCUUCAGCUUGAGCCGGCUGCCCAUGAACGAGAUGCUGCUGAAUGCCUGGACAGUGCUGCUGUAUGGCCCGGCCUCGGAGCUCCGAGAGCUGCCCGCCACCGUGGAGGGUCGCCUGGACUUGGCCCUGCUGCGGGCGCAGCAGCUGCAGAUGGCGGUGCUCCAGACCAAUGGUGUUUUAUAUCGCCACCAGGCUGCCUUGCGGCGUAUACUCAAGCAAAGGGCUCCGGGUAGCAUCUACACUUCCUCCGAGGAUUCAGAGCAGGAGAGGAGUGAUCCUGAGAGGGAGAGGGAGCCGGAGCAGGAGCAGGAUCAAGAGCAAGACCCGCAGCUCUCCAUUGGCAGUGCACAGGAAACGCAGCUCCUCAUCCAGGCCAUCCUGCUGAGGGCCACCCAGGCCUCACCCGUAAAGGCCUGCUAUAGUUACACGGAUCUGGCCACCGCUGCUCUCAACUGCAUCCAGUCGCUGGCCACCCAGGCACACCAAGAGCUAAGCGAAGGCCUGGAGGGGAUUAGCAGUGGGAGUGCCUCGGGUAACACUCAAGCCCUGGUUACCCCACCCCAACCCACCAUGGUGCAUGGCGUACCAGUCUACAAUGUGGCCAAGAGGGAGCAGAAGCAGCCGCCACCAGCGCCACCUCCAGACCAGCAGCAGCAGCAGCAGCAGCAGGCGGAGCCAAAAAGCAACAAGUGGCCAGCCGCAGCCACCGAUGCCCAGCUCAUCGGCCAGAUCAUGGAGAUGGGUUUCACGCGACGCACCGUGGAGCUGGCCCUCAAGCAGCUGUCCCUCCAGGCAGAGAUUAUGCCCACGCCCGAGCAGAUAGUCCAGUGGAUCCUCGAGCACCCGGAUGUGUGUGCCAACACCAUUGAGGAGGACUCACUGCCCCUGGCUCCCACUUCCACAUCAUCAUCCCACGAUCCCGAGGCGGAUUCCGACAACGAGUGUCCCAGUUCCAACUCUACAACAUCCUCGUCCUCCUCCUCCUCAUCUUCGGACACAGUGGAGGGUCAACCGGUGGCAGCCGGAGCUGUGGCCUCGCCCCCGUUGAGAUUUGAGUCUCGCAAGGACUUCCAAACGGCAGAUCUCUAUGCUCUCUAUGUGCGGGGUCUGGUGCGUCCUGGGAUGACUGUCCGCUGCUGCCGGGACUUUGAGGAGAUCAAGCAGGGUGACAUGGGCACCGUGCUCAUUGUGGACACCGAGGGCCUGCACGAUCUCAAUGUGCAGGUGGACUGGCGCAACCAUGGCAGCACCUACUGGGUGUGCUUCGUCCACAUUGAACUGGUGGAGGCGGAGGCUCAGACGCAGCAUCAACCCAGACCGCCUCCGAUUGUAGUGGGAGCCCGGGUGAGGCUGUGCACCUCCUCCCUGCGGUUUGCUCUGCUGGGACAGAUGCGACUGGCCAGGAACGAGGCAGCAGCGGGAUUAACAUCAUCCUCAUCCUCCGUGGGCCUGGUCACCUCGGUGCGUGGCAAACAGCUCACCGUGGACUUUCCGGGCCUGCCCGCCUGGCAGGGACACAUCAACGAGGUAGAGCUGGUGACCAACUCCACUACGGAUGUCUUGGCUGCUCCUCUGGUUCCAGAUCCCAGCAAUCAAGCAGCUCCCAGCGAUCUCAUCGAGGACUGGUCACGUUGCAUCCGCUCGUUGACCGUCAGCUCCAACGAGGCGGCGGCCAAGCAUCUGCUGGACGGGAGCGGACAACCGUGGCAGAGUUGCUCAAGCGGACCCUGCCGCCACUGGAUUCGUCUCGAGCUCCAUGACCGCAUCCUAGUGCACAGCCUCAUCCUGAAAGUCAGCCCGGAGGAUCAUUCGCACAUGCCCUCGCUGCUGGAGAUUCGCGUGGGCGAGUGCGUGGACAGCCUCAAGGAAUACACCUGGAUCCCGGUGCCUGCCGGAGCCGGCCAGGUGGUGCUCAUGCAGCAGGUGCCCACCUACUAUCCCUGGGUGGAGGUGGUGGUCAAGCAGUGCCAGAACAAUGGCAUCCAGUGCAAGAUCCAUGGCCUCCAGUUCAUUGGCCGCCGGCAGCAGCCCGAUCUGCAUCACAUCCUGGCCAAUGCCCAGUUCUUGGCCAGCGAAUACAGCGGUAGCUUAGGACCUGGAGUGGCUACAGCCAUGGGAGUGGGAGCUGUGAGCACCUCCCAGCAUGGCGAGCCCAGCGCAGGACCUGACCAGGAUCUGCCCUGCACUGUGAUGGUGUGGGGUCUAAACGACAAGGAGCAGCUGGGCGGCCUCAAGGGCUCCAAGGUGAAGGUGCCCACCUUCUCGCAGACCAUCAGCCGGCUGCGUCCCAUCCACAUAGCCGGCGGCUCCAAGAGUCUGUUCAUUGUCAGCCAGGAUGGCAAGGUGUAUGCCUGCGGCGAGGGAACCAAUGGACGCCUGGGCCUAGGAGUCACCCACAAUGUGCCACUGCCCCACCAGCUGCCCGUGCUGCAUCAGUAUGUGGUGAAGAAGGUGGCAGUACAUUCCGGCGGCAAGCAUGCCCUGGCCCUCACCCUGGACGGCAAGGUGUUCUCCUGGGGCGAAGGCGAGGACGGGAAGCUGGGACAUGGCAACAGGACAACGCUGGACAAGCCGCGGCUAGUGGAGGCCUUGAGGGCCAAGAAGAUCCGGGACGUGGCCUGCGGCUCAUCGCACUCGGCGGCCAUCAGCAGCCAGGGCGAGCUCUACACCUGGGGAUUGGGUGAGUACGGACGCCUGGGACAUGGCGACAAUGCCACCCAGCUGAAGCCCAAACUGGUGGCUGCCCUCACGGGCCGGAGAGUCAUCCAGGUUGCCUGCGGCAGUCGGGAUGCCCAGACUUUGGCUCUGACCGAGGACGGAGCCGUGUUCUCCUGGGGCGAUGGCGACUUUGGCAAGCUGGGACGCGGCGGCAGCGAGGGAUCGGACACCCCGCACGAAAUCGAACGGCUGUCGGGCAUCGGAGUGAUCCAGAUCGAGUGUGGCGCCCAGUUUAGCCUGGCCCUGACGCGGGCCGGCGAGGUCUGGACCUGGGGCAAGGGUGACUACUACCGUUUGGGCCAUGGCGGUGACCAGCACGUGCGGAAGCCUCAACCCAUCGGGGGUCUACGCGGCAGGCGUGUCAUCCAUGUGGCCGUUGGAGCCCUCCAUUGCCUGGCCGUAACGGAUGCCGGCCAGGUGUACGCCUGGGGAGACAAUGACCAUGGCCAGCAGGGCAGCGGGAAUACCUUUGUGAACAAGAAGCCCGCCUUGGUCAUCGGCCUGGAUGCCGUUUUUGUGAACCGCGUGGCCUGCGGCAGCUCGCACUCCAUCGCCUGGGGCCUGCCCAAUGCCUCGCUGGACGAGGAGAAGCGCGGACCCGUGCCCUUUGGCAGCACCCGCGACCCUCUAGGAGGCAGCAGCCUAGGAAUCUACGAGGCGGAGACCAUGCAGCAGGCCCUGCUGAAGCCGGAUCCAAAGCCUCUGAACCUGACCAGCCUGAGCGAGAGCCUGGCCUUGGAGACGCCGGCGGCCAGGCAGGCAGCCUUGGGUCAUGUCCUGCGCGCCAUGAGCAUUUUGCAGGCACGCCAGCUCAUUGUGGCGGCUCUCACCAGCCACAGCAAGGUGAACUACAAGGAGAGGAAUGUGGCUAGCGGUGGCACCGGCGAAGAGGAGCAGCUCAUGGGAGGAGGAGGUGCACCCCUGGGAGGAGUGCCUCUGCCAACGGCCGAGACAAUAGCCCAAGGAGGAGGCGAAGCCCCGGCGGAUGCAGCAGAUGCAGCUCUCCAGGAGCACAGUCCAGAUGCGAACUUGGAAGUGCUAACAGGAGGAGUUGGAGUAGGAGUCAAUCCUAGUGUAUCCGGAGGAGCUGCCACAUUACCACCUCUCACUGCCGGACCGCUCAGCGCCUUCCAGAGCCUCACCGGAUCCCUGUCCAUGUCGGGCUCCCUGUCCAGCAGCGCCCUGCCCCAGCACAAGCACUCCCGGAUGUCGGCCAGCGCCAUGUCCGUAAUGGCCGCCACCAUGACCCAGCAGGAGGAGAUGCUAGCCCAGAUAGGACACUGCCACGGCCUGGAAGAUUUUGGUGGCCUGCUGGGUGAGCCCGAGGCCAAGAGCCUGGUGGAGCUGCUCAAGCUGGCGGUUUGCGGACGCUGUGGACCGCCCAGCACGGCCCAGACCAUUGCCGAAACCCUGAUCUCCUUGGGAGCUGGUGCCCCGCCAGUGGCCGCCAUGCUGCUGGAGACCUGCAUCACGGAACUGGAGGAUCUAUGCACGUCGCGGCACUGCCUGGGCAAGCUGCCCAAGCCGGUGAUGCAGGAGAGCAGCCACCCGUAUGUGGACAAUGUGAAUGUGACUGGAGUGGUGCGCAUACCGGGCGCCGAGAUGCUGCGCCUGGAGUUCGACAGCCAGUGCAGCACGGAGAAGCGCAAUGAUCCGCUGGUGAUCAUGGACGGCACUGGCCGUGUGCUGGCCAUGCGUUCGGGCCGUGAGUUUGCCCACUGGGCACCCGAGAUCCGGGUGCCGGGCGACGAGCUACGCUGGAAAUUCUCCUCGGACAGCUCGGUAAAUGGAUGGGGCUGGCGGUUUUGGGUGCAUGCCAUCAUGCCGGCGGCCACGCUAGGCGAGAGCGGCUCGGACCGGGCCGUGCUCUCGCAGCCGUCCAUGUCGCUGGUGAUGUCCCUGCUGGACUCGAGACUGGCCCCACGCCAAUCGGGGGUACUCCUUCGCCUGGCCUCUGCCUUGGCGGCCUGCUCCCAGCUGGGGGCCUUGACCACGGCCCAGAGGAUUUGGUCGCUGCGGAAGCUGCAUGCGGUGUUGCUUUUAGAGCAGGCACCGCGUCCCCAGGAUCCAGCCUUGGCCACGCUCCUCCAGCCUCUGAUUCCGGAGCUCCUGCGACAGUACGAGUACGAGGAGCCGCAGGUACGCGGUGGGAUUCACCUGAUGCACUCGGAUUACUUCAAGACACUGGCCGCCCUGGCCUGUGACAUGCAGCUGGAUGCUUCGCUGCCGGCUGGCGGCGGCGGCUCAAUGUCGUCUUCCGCCGCCUCCUCCUCAACCGGCGAUGUCCACAAGUGGGCCUGGUUCAAGCGCUACUGCAUCGCCGUGCGGGUGGCCCAGUCCCUCAUCCGGCGCACUGAGCUGCCCCGCGCCUUCUGCCUGGAGGUGCGCAAGAAAUUCGUUGAGAUGCUGCCCAACUCGAGCUCCCACUGCAGUGCCAUGUCCAAUACUGGAGGACAAUCGCCCGCCGCCUCCAUGCUGAACUCCACCACGUCGCUGUCCUCGAGCACGGCCAGCAAUGUGUCACCGCCUCCACCGCCGGCAGUUACCGAGCAUUUGGACUUGCUUUGUCCCAUCCAUCAGCUGGACACCAGCAGCACCCUUCUGCACGAGGAUCAUGCCCUCUUCCAGGCCCCCCACGAUGCCCAGCUGCUGCAGUGGCUCAACCGGCGCCCGGAUGACUGGGCCUUGAGCUGGGGCGGAGCCAGCACCAUAUAUGGCUGGGGACACAAUCAUCGCGGACAGCUGGGUGGCCUCGAGGGAUCCAGGAUCAAGACACCCACGCCUUGCGAGGCUCUCAGCCUCCUUCGUCCUGUCCAGUUGGCAGGCGGAGAGCAAUCCCUGUUCGCCGUCACACCCGAUGGCAAGCUCUUUGCCACUGGUUAUGGCUCUGGCGGAAGACUAGGAGUCGGUGGAAGCGACAGCUGGGCCAUACCCACGCUCCUGGGCUCCCUGCAGCAUGUGUUCGUGAAGAAGGUGGCCGUGAACUCCGGCGGCAAGCACUGCCUGGCCCUGACCACCGAGGGCGAGGUGUAUGCCUGGGGCGAGGGCGAGGACGGCAAGCUGGGACACGGCAAUCGGAUGAGCUACGACCGACCCAAGCUAGUGGAGCACCUGAAUGGCAUGAGCGUGGCGGAUAUUGCCUGCGGCAGUGCCCACUCGGCGGCUAUAACGGCCAGUGGACAUGUGCUCACCUGGGGCAAGGGUCGGUAUGGCCGACUAGGACAUGGCGACUCGGAGGAUCAGCUGAGACCAAAGCUGGUGGAGGCUUUGCUGGGCUAUCGGGCCAUCGAUAUAGCCUGCGGUUCGGGGGAUGCCCAGACGCUGUGCAUCACCGACGACGACAACGUUUGGAGCUGGGGCGAUGGCGACUACGGCAAGCUGGGACGCGGCGGCAGCGACGGCUGCAAGCUGCCCUACAAAAUCGAGAGUCUGGCCGGCCUGGGAGUGGUCAAGGUGGAGUGCGGUUCCCAGUUCUCGGUGGCCCUGACCAAGUCAGGAGCUGUGUACACCUGGGGCAAGGGUGACUUCCAUCGCCUGGGCCAUGGAUCCGUGGAUCAUGUGCGGCGGCCCAAGAAGGUGGCUGCCUUGCAGGGCAAGAAGAUCAUCUCGAUUGCCACUGGGUCGCUGCACUGCGUCGCCUGCAGUGAUUCGGGAGAGGUCUACACCUGGGGCGACAACGAUGAGGGUCAACUGGGCGAUGGCACUGUCACGGCCAUACAGCGACCGCGGCUGGUGGCCGCCCUCCAGGGCAAGCAUAUAGUGAAGGUCACCUGCGGAUCUGCCCACACGCUGGCUUUGUCCACAUCCCAGUUGAGCGAGCGACUGCGUCCGCUGCCCAAUCCACCGCUCGAGUAUGACCUGGUUCGGGACUUGGCCCCGGAGGCUCUCCAUGCCCGCCUCAUCCUCCUCCAUCACUUCUCGGAGCUGCUGUGCCCCUGCCUGGCCAUGCUGCCCAUUGCCGGCGACCUGAGCCUGGGCGCUCUCAAGGACGUGCUGGUAUACAACAUCAAGGAGGCGGCCUUCCGCAAGGUCAUCCAGACCACCAUGGUGCGGGACAAGCAGCAUGGACCCGUCAUCGAGCUGAAUCGCAUCCAGGUGAAGCGUUCACGCAGCCGCUGCAACGGCCUGGCCGGCGUCGAUGGAAUGAAGAGCGUGUUCGGGCAGAUGGUCCAGAAGCUGCCGCUGCUCACCCAGGAGGCGUUGGCCCUGCCGCAUCGCGUCUGGAAGGUCAAGUUCGUCGGGGAGAGCGUGGACGACUGCGGCGGCGGCUACAGCGAGUCCAUAGCCGAGAUGUGCGAUGAGCUGCAGAAUGGCAGCGUGCCGCUGUUGAUCAGCACGCCCAAUGGACGAGGCGAGGCCGGGGCCAAUCGCGACUGCUUCCUGCUGGAUCCCACCCUGGGCUCGGUGCUGCAGAUGAACAUGUUCCGCUUUCUGGGCGUGCUCAUGGGCAUUGCAGUGCGCACUGGAUCGCCGCUCAGUAUCAAUUUGGCGGAGCCCGUGUGGCGUCAGCUAACCGGCGAAGUCUUGCGUCCCACGGACCUCACCGAGGUGGACCGCGACUAUGUGGCCGGGCUGCUGUGCAUACGCAACAUGGACGAUGAUCCCAAGUUGUUCAAUACCCUGGAACUGCCAUUCUCAACGUCCUCGGCCCGGGGUCACGAGGUGCCGUUGUCCACGCGCUAUACGCACAUCUCGCCCAGAAACCGCUCGGAGUACGUGCGCUUGGCCUUGGGCUUCCGGCUGCACGAGUUCGAUGAGCAGGUGAAGGCGGUGCGGGAUGGCAUGUCCAAGGUGAUACCAGUGCCUUUGCUAUCGCUCUUCUCCGCCGCAGAGCUGCAGGCGAUGGUCUGCGGCUCGCCGGAUAUACCGCUGGGCCUGCUCAAGUCGGUGGCCACCUACAAGGGCUUCGAUCCGAGCUCGGCCCUGGUUACCUGGUUCUGGGAUGUGAUGGAGGAGUUUACCAAUCAGGAGCGCUCUCUCUUCCUGCGAUUUGUUUGGGGCCGCACCCGUCUACCACGCACCAUAGCCGACUUCCGGGGAAGGGACUUUGUGCUGCAGGUGCUGGAGAAGAAUCCGCCAGACCAUUUCCUGCCCGAGAGCUACACCUGCUUCUUUCUGCUCAAGAUGCCGCGAUACUCGUGCAAGGCCGUGCUCCUGGAGAAGCUCAAGUAUGCCAUACACUUUUGCAAGAGCAUUGACACGGACGAGUAUGCACGCGUGGCCAUGGGCGAACCCACCGAGGCGACCGGCAGCGAGGACAACAGCGACCUGGAGUCGGUGGCCAGCCACGAGGGCUAGACUGAGCACUCAAUCUUGUCCAGAAACUAACCAACCGACACGAAUCAAACCGAACAAAUGGGGUCUUUAUGGGCCCCGGCAACCUGGCGAAUCUCCCAGCAGUUUAUGAUCCUCACCCCACUCUAGGACCUAGGAUAGCGAAGCAUUCACGUUGAACCCACACUUACACACAUAUACACGUAUAAACAUAUAUAUAUAUAUUUUAAAGCAGCACACAUGCCACAGAGCAGGACGGCAAUACAGAGUGGAAAAGAGAGAGAGAGAGGGAGGAGAGCGAUGGAACGAUGUCGAGAUCGAGAUCGUGUAAUGAAACCAAAAAGCAAAGCGUUAAAGUUAUUUCCAUAAUAUAUUAUAUUAUAUAUACAUAUUACGCAUAAAUUUAAAGAUAAACCUAAGCAUAAAGAUAAAUAUGAAUGUUAGUUGAAGCCCCAAGCCCCCACUCGAAAAAAUGUAACCCCUAGACGCAAGCCAUUCCCAUCCAUCCCGCCUCCCCACAAGAGAGACAAUUGAUAUUAAUAGUGCUAACUAAGCCACAGGGGCGCUUACCCAAAGGCAGCCCCCUGGAACUCGUUGCUAAUGAUGAUCACAAUUCAAAACUUAGGCAAGGCGCCGCCAGGAAACUCUAUUUGAACUAAACUGAAGCUAAAUAAAAUGCUAAAUAUUAUGAAAUUAA